AUGAACGUAUGUUUAAGAAUAAUAAUAAUAGAAGGAGGAUAUGAGAAAAGCGUGUCUGUCUGUGGGAUGGGAUCGAAGGAAGAAAUGGGCGGCACGGAGGAGGCGAGCCUGGAUCGGCUUCCCUCCGCUCUGGUGGCCACCGUCAUGACAAAGCUCGACAUCGCCUCCAUAUGCUCUCUGGCCUCCACCUCCUCCACCUUCCGCUCCUGCGCCCGUCAAAUCCUCUCUUUCCUCCCCUCUUUCCACCUCCUCGACAUUGCUCCCACCGGAGACUUGCUCGGACCCUUGCUGCCGCCCAAUCCCCACCUCACCACUCUCAAGGUUGAUUGUUCCCGCCUCGAUGAUUCUGCCAUCGCCUUCCUGCUCAAACCCUCCCUCCACGAGAUCUCUCUCCACAAUUGCGCCGAUUUCAGUGGCCGACUCUUAUCUGAGAUCGGCUCCCGCUGCAAGGAUCUGAGGUCUCUCUACCUGGGCUCCGUCGCAGAGCGAAGAGGGAGGGCCAUUCAUAUUUCCGAUCUGGAGGAGUUGCUCGGCGGUUGCUCCCACUUGGAAGCACUGAUUCUGAUGUUUGAUGUCUCUCUCUUUCUACGUCACAACUUUGCUCGAGUGUGGGCUUCUGCCUCAGGAAAGCUCACUUCUCUUGAGAUUGGCUACAUUUCUUCAGUUACCGUCACUGAACUGCUGAGCCCAAAUUUGGGAUCCCAUCUGCCGUCAAAUCCUGUUCAACCAUCCAUACUUCCCAGAAUUCAGAAACUAUGUCUUAAUGUAGACUAUAUAACUGAUGCUAUGAUUAGCACAAUAUCCAAAGGUCUAAUGUUUUUGACCCAUUUGGAUCUUCAAGACGCACCAUUGAUUGAACCAAGAAUUACUUUUGACCUGACCAAUGCUGGUCUUCAACAAAUUAAUCAACUUGGGAGAUUGAAACAUCUUUCAUUGGUUCGAAGCCAAGAGUUUCUAAUCACCUACUUUCGAAGAGUGAAUGAUCUGGGAUUACUUCUAAUGGCAGACAAGUGUGCCAACAUAGAAAGCAUAUGCCUUGGUGGCUUUUGUCGUGUCACAGACACCGGUUUCAAAACUAUCCUGCAUUCUUGCACUCGCUUAUACAAGCUUAAGGUCACUCAUGGGACUCAUUUAACUGAUCUAGUUUUUCAUGAUAUUUCGGCAACAUCCCUUACUUUGACACAUGUUAGCUUAAGAUGGUGCAAUCUGUUAACUAACCAUGCUGUUUUGAGUUUGGCAUCAAACAAGGAACUCAAAAUUCUUGACUUGAGAGAUUGCAGGAGCCUCGGGGAUGAAGCUCUCCAGGCCAUUGGCACUCUGCCAAGACUGAAAAUUUUACUACUAGAUGGCUCUGAUAUAACAGAUGCAGGACUUUUGUACUUAAGACCCUCUGUUAUUAGUUCACUGUAUGCAUUGUCUCUUCGAGGCUGCAAGAGACUAACAGAUAAAUGCAUCACAGCUCUAUUUAAUGGCUGUUGUGUAAUGGAAUUGCGAGAACUGGAUCUAUCUAAUCUUCCUAACCUCUCAGAUAAUGGAGUUCUGCUGCUGGCAAAAAGUCGGAUUCCCUUCUUUGAACUCCGAAUGCGACAGUGCCCCCUAGUUGGUGAUACUGCAGUCAUGGCAUUAGCUUCAAUGCUGAUUGACGAGGCCAAACAUGGAAGCAGUUUGCGCAUGUUGGAUCUUUAUAACUGUGGUGGCAUUACAGCUCUAGCAUUUCGCUGGUUGAAGAAACCAUAUUUUCCAAAGCUCAAAUGGUUGGGAGUGACCGGAAAUGUUAAUAGAGACAUAGUAGAUGCUUUAGCCAGAAGCAGACCUUUCUUACAUGUGGCAUGCCAUGGUGAGGAGCUUGGGGCUGAUCCCUAUGCCACUUCAGAUGGGUUAUAUACACAUGAUUAUGAUGAUGUGGAUGAAUUUAAGAAGUGGCUUCUUGAAAACGGUAUUGAUAGUGACUUUGAAGAGAUAGGCGAUGCUGGAAAUAACGAUGAAAUGGUUGUGUGA